AUGUGGCGAGACCGCACUAACCUAUACAUCUCCUACCGGCAGUCUUACGCGCACCAUCCCACCCCGCGGAGACCAUAUGGACCCGGCGCUUCUGCCGGCAGCGCCCUUGCCGACUCAUACACCACCAGUUAUGCGAACGACGACCGUCGCGGCCUUCUCUCGGCCGGCGCAUUCGAAGACGAUGGCGACGCCGUGAUUGAGAUGGACCUGCUUCCCCCUCGCUGGGCCGAUGUUUCCGAUGAGAUCACAGACUUGCUCGCCAAUAUCGCUACUAAGGGUCAGAACCUCGAGAAGCUACAUCAGAAGCAUGUGCUACCCGGCUUCAACGAUGAGGACGCCAAGAGGGCGGAGGAGGCACAGAUAGAGAGGCUCACGCAAGAUAUCACCAAGGGUUUCCAUGAUUGCCAUCGCUGUAUCCAGCGGAUUGAGCAGAUGGUGCGCGAGUCUCAACACUCCAAUACCAUUACAAGGGCCGAGGAAACGAUGGCCAAGAAUAUCCAAAUCUCCCUCGCCGCAAGAGUUCAAGAAGCAAGUGCCAACUUCAGAAAGAAGCAAAGCGCAUAUUUAAAGAAGCUUCGCGGCAUGGGUGGCCUUGGUGCUCUCAGCCCUGUCGGCGAAAGAUCCAGCACUCCCCAACCGGGCUAUCUCGAUCCCUCACUCCAAGAAUCCGAUGCCGACCGCUCAUUCUCGCAAACUACCCUCCAGCAGGCUACUCAACAAAGGGUGCUUCACUCUAAUGAUGCCGCCAUCGCCCAGCGCGAGCGGGAGAUCGAGGACAUCGCUCAGGGCAUCAUUGAGCUCUCAGACCUGUUCCGCGAUCUCCAAACCAUGGUCAUCGACCAGGGCACAAUGCUCGACCGCAUCGACUACAACGUCGAGCGUAUGAACACCGAUGUCAAGGCUGCCGAGACGGAACUCAAGGUCGCGUCGGGCUACCAGCGGAGGACGACCAAGCGAAAGAUCAUCCUUCUCCUAAUUCUUAUCAUCUUUGGCAUGUUCAUUCUGCUGCUGAUCAAGCCCAAGAAGCACGGCUAG